AUGGAAAUAUCUCUUUCAUUAUUUACUGAUGAUCAACAUUCUCGACUGCGUCAGUUGGUUCUCAAAUGCUCCAACAAUAAGGGUGGAACUAAAAUGGCCCCAAUUCAAUUGGAAUUGGAUGGUUCUCCAAUAUUUCUGAAACGUCGAAUUAUACCAUUGGGUCUCCGUGAACCCGUAAAGAAAGUUUUGGACGAUUUAGUUGAGAAGGGUGUAUUAACGCCUGUGGAUUAUUCUGUUUGGGCUACCCCUAUUGUGAUUUCGUUGAAACGUGAUGGUAAAACACCCGGAAUUUGUGGGGAUUACCGCAUCACAGUCAACAAAUACUCAAACCACUGA